CAGGGCAACAACAGAGGCAGAAAUCAUAGCUCUAACCACACAGCAGACUUUCCCCACAGCAGCAGAGAUUAAAAAAUAACAAGCAAGGAUUGUGAGAAGCAACGCCCAAGUGACUCUGAGUUCCACGUUUUAAUACAUUGUUCUCCAGCGUGUGGUAAUUACCACAAACUACAUAAUGUCUCAGGCGUUGCUUAAGGUACGAGCGCUGGUGACGGUGGUGACCUCUGAAGCUGUGUUGGUAACAUUAGCCCAGCUGGUGACUUUGGCACAGCUGGUGACCCUGGCGCAGAUGGUGACCUUUGCUCUGCUGACAACAGCACAGUCUCUCCAGAUAACACCGUCCUUCGGUACCAGCGGAGGCAUCAUUCCUCUGUUCUCACCUUCCUUGUUGUACGACCAGAAGUCAGCAGCUUCGUCCACAGCUAUGGAAGUGGCCGUGCCUGCACCAGACCAGGCUCGGCGGCGUUCAUCUUACCGUUCAGCAGAUACCGGUCAGAUCAAGAAAGCUUCAGACUUCAGUGGAAUAUCUACCGGCUUCAGUCCCAUUGAAUACCCCGAGUUUAUUACCAACUCCACCAAGUUUGACCAAGCUUCCCAGAAAACUUUCUUUGGCACAGAGGAAGAGUCGUCCAGUUACGCCUAUCCAGAGACGAGCUCCAGAAACAACAGUAAUCGCUUCUUCAACUUCUAUUCAGAUUCUCAGACCUUUGAUUUGGGCAUUAGCUUCACUGUGCCGUUCCUCUCCAUCCCGACAUCGUCACUGAUGAACCUUAAGGAUAGCUUGGGCUCCACCACCGGCACGGCUCUCAGCUCCCUGAUGUCAAUCAACUGGCCUUCUGUCAUCUCAAUAGGUGCAGCUGUGCUGCUGGCUGCCCUCCUCCUGCCACAGCUGGCUUCUCUGCUUACAAACCUGGUCUCGGGAUCAACUGAAUACAAUACCCCGUACACUGGCUCUUAUGGACGCAAUAUUGAAAGAGGUGGUGUGUUGCCAGUGGCACCUUUCACAUCUCUGCUGCACCAGCUGGACGACGCACUCGCCCAGUACGACCUGGAUUCAACUUCUUGCAUGCAACGCGCAGCCUGCAACUACGUGGCAGAGUCUGAAGCCAGCGUCAAAGAAGGUGAUGCUGACUCUAUAGAGAUGAUCGUCUCUGGUAUCGCUAGGAACAAGUGGCUGCAGACACUGGUUGGUAAAACCUUCCUGACGGAGGCUGUGGAGACGGGGCGCUCAGGUGACAAUUGCCAACUUCAGUAUCCUAAAUGCCCUUUCUCCCUCACUGGAGUCCUCAGGUUCCUGGCCACCUACGCCUCCCUCGCCACCUGAGGAACCUUUCUCACUAGUGCACUCAUGGUUCCUGGCCGCCUACGCCUCCCUCGCCACCUGAGGAACCUUUCUCACUAGUGCACCCAUGGUUCCUGGCCAACUACGCCUCCCUCGCCACCUGAGGAACCUUUCUCACUAGUGCACUCAUGGUUCCUGGCCGCCUACGCCUCCCUCGCCACCUGAGGAACCUUUCUCACUAGUGCACUCAUGGUUCCUGGCCACCUACGCCUCCCUCGCCACCUGAGGAACCUUUCUCACUAGUGCACUCAUGGUUCCUGGCCACCUACGCCUCCCUCGCCACCUGAGGAACCUUUCUCACUAGUGCACUCAUGGUUCCUGGCCACCUACGCCUCCCUCAUCACCUGACGAACCUUUCUCACUAGUGUACUCAGAUUCGUGGCCACCAUCUAAGACAGGGUUAGGGUAGGUACAUGAUGUACUGAAACAUACACCUCGCGGUGUAUGCUUCAGUGCAUCAUGAAACCCUCAUGAAUUGUGUAUACAUAAUAACUUACAAGAAAAAUGUAUGAUUACUGUAUGAAUUUAACUUGCAUCUAUAAUACAUAGGUUUAGCUAAACUAGUUAUGUAUAUACACGUUUAAACACUAUACAUAUUCUACCUUGGAAAUAUUUUCCACAAUAUUUAAGUCACCCAUAAUUUAUAAGCAUAAUCCUUAGAAUUCCAGUGAAAGGCUCACGUUUCAAUGAAUCGGAGGCACUCUGCCCUUCCUCGGAUCAACCCUGAUUACCUCCCAUUUCCCAGGUGUGUUAUGACCCCUACAGAUUUAGUUCUUCCCAUAUAUAUAAUCAUAAAAAUAGUAAUAAUCAUUUUAAUUUCCUCUGUAGAAAACGAUAUCUAAAAUUUUAUGGGUAACAGUAACAUUUUUCUCUGUUCCAGUGAGUUAAGGUAAGGUAAAAUUUCGCUCGGAUUUUUAACCCCUGAGGGUUAGCCACCCAGGAUAACCUAAGAAAAGCAGUGCGUCAUUGACUGUCUUAUUUUCACUGGGGGUCCUUUAUCUUGUCCCCCAGGAUGCGACCCACACCAGUUAACUAACACCCAGGUACCUACUUUCUAGAUGAACAUAACAGGUGUAAGGAAACGCGUUCAAUGUUUCCACCCCGCCGGGAAUCGAACUCGGAGACGUAGCGUUGGAAGCGAGAGCUUUGCCAGCCAGGCCACGGGGCUCCCAGCUAGUACGUUUAUUCAGGUAUACACAAAUACAUUUACAUAGAAUAUCAAACAUAGCAGCAUAUGUGUAGGCAACCUAGGAUAACCCAAAAAAGCCAUUGGGGUCCUAUUGUGGGUCGCAUCCUGGGAAACGAGAUUAACGUAGACUGCUCUAAAUGCUCUACAUAACUAGGGACUUUCUAUAUAGUAUGUCAAUAAUGUCAGCUAGGUCUGUAGUAGUUGUAUCAUGUACUUUUAGAUAUAAAGAUUAUUAUAUUUUCAUUAUAUCGCAGUCUUUGGGGUUUUCUUUCCGUAGAUUUAUGUGAAUACAUCUGCAAUUUCCUGCGGACGCCAGAUAGGGUGCUCAUCUGUUUAUCGUGGCAGGGUUGAGUCUCUCUUACUGACCCCAUUCUAUCUGCUGGCUAUCUGCUGUUAGGGUGGCCCGGUGGCCUGGUGGCUAAAGCUCCCGCUUCACACACGGAGGGCCCGGGUUCGAUUCCCGGCGGGUGGAAACAUUUCGACACGUUUCCUUACACCUAUUGUCCUGUUCACCUAGCAGCAAAUAGGUACCUGGGUGUUAGUCGACUGGUGUGGGUCGCAUCCUGGGGGACAAGAUUAAGGACCCCAAUGGAAAUAAGUUAGACAGUCCUCGAUGACGCACUGACUUUCUUGGGUUAUCCUGGGUGGCUAACCCCCCGGGGUUAAAAAUCCGAACGAAAUCUUAUCUUAUCUUAUCUUACUGGGUUCACUCCUGGUUACGUGAGCCCUGUCAUACCUAUUCUUAAAGCUAUAUAUGGAUCCUGCCUCUCCUAUUUCAGUAAGUCAUUCCACUUCCACGACAUAUUUCGCUUUUUCCUCCCUUAAACAUUUUACUGGAAAAUCAGUGUACAUUGUCAUUUCAAUACAUGUAGUGUACUGCCUUGGAACAAGAGUCCUUCCUCGCCUACACUGCCCCACCCCGUUCUCACCCUCGCUAAGUACUCGGAGGUUGAGGGAGAGAUCAAACCAGGGACGUAGGAGCCUCAGGUUCUCUUCCUCACGGUCACCUGUCCACUUCUCUUCUCCUUAACCUCACCAUCUGUGCUACAACUCCUCAGAGUGAACCUCUUGGCACUACUCCCUCUGGAUCACCAGCAGGGUCUUGUCCAGAACUGGAAACUCAGGUGCCCAGCAAUACACCUCAACUCUCACAGCAACUCACCCUAGACCCACCAAGGCUGAAGUAACUGUACUUCACGUUAUCCUUAUUCCUUAAUAAUACCUCCUUUCUCGUUCUUCGUUAUCCCUUCUCCGCCUCCAAACUCCUGACGAUUCGUAAAAUAAACACAGUAUGCACAAAUAACCCCCAGGUUAAUCGUGUAUCGUUCCAGUAACUGUAUUGUGCCUUUUUUGUUAUUUAAACAGUGUGAUCCACACUUUCAGGUAUAACUAGUUAUCUAAUAGUUAUAAUUCAUAACCAUAAUUUUUAAAGGAGUGGAUUGGUAGGCCAGCGAAAGGCCUCUGUCACAUGACCAAAAGCUCCAGCUACGGAUCAUCAUUUGACUAAGACCUUCGUCAGGAAGCAUUUGUUUCCUGACAAACCUUACCUAACCUAAUCUAACUUAUAAGUCAGCACUUCAGUAAAAGAAGUCGCUAUCUCUAGAUGGAGUGACUUUUUGUGGGUUAUCCUAUGUAAUUUACACAUGUGUUACUAUGUGUGAUAAUUAUACUUGUGUACAUGUACCUAAAUAAACUUACCCUCUGCUCAUAAAUUCAAUAAUCUCUCAGCUCACAGCUAAAAUGUUUAUGAACUGUUAUUAAACAAGUGGUGGUUGUUAAACCAGGUCUUCCUCGCAGCCCCUUUCCUACCCUUAAAAAAAAACUGACUACCUUAAAUUUAUUAUUUUCAUUCAAAACCUUAAGUCUAGAAAUCCCUUUAAGCUGCAGUUAGAGAAAAUAUCUCAACAGACAUAAAAAUUUUUACUUAUUUAACAUGUGGUUAUUACAACAGGAAGUAUUCCUUACAUCCUUCAUUAUCCCUCCGCCUCCACACAGACUACCUACACCUCCUUCCCGCCACAUCCUGCAAGAAUUGCCAGCACCCUUUUCUGAUGGGUGGGUUUAUCACUGGGUUAGGCGGGCAAUAAAACUUUUGUCAGCAUUCACACGUUAUAAAUUAUUUACCCUUCCAUCUUAAUGUUGCACCACUACAUUAGCAUCUUCACUCCUGUAGCAUCAAGCCUUCAUCACAUCCCCUCAACCUCCCCCAUCGCACCUCCACCUCUCUAUCACCACUUCUCUCACCAUCACCCAUGCUCCUCGCUCCACACUUCAAAAGAUCAUAGCUAACCCUUUAUAAGCUAGUUAUUUAUUGGAUAUCUGGCAGUUGCCUCUUAGAAGGAUAAGACUCAAGUGUCGUCUCAUCCUUUCCUGCCUUCAAAUAUUUUAAUCAUACCUCUUAGGUCUUAUUUCCUUGUAGACCUAACAAUCCUUUACAUUAUAUUUUAAAUGACCUUUUCCAAAUUUAGGACUUAAUUUUAAAUGAAUUCUUGCUAAUUGACCAGUUUUAUCUAUUCGGCACGACAUGUAUAUAUAAAGACAUUACUUUCUCUAACUCCACCCUCCAUCUCCUCCACCGCCCCUACCCUCCUACGCCUCCGCCACCUCCCUCCAUCUCCUACCAUUAUUACUACUAUUACUAUAACUCUAGCCAUACCUUAAGAUUUUUUUCAUAUAUAUUUUACCAUAUACUAUAACGGUUACAUCUAGUCCCUUCUCCGCGUAUACAUCAUAUUACGUUCGCAAAGACUAUCCUAGAUUAUGUAUAGAGUAUAGACACACUAGCUCUUGGUCCUGGAUGAAAGAAGAGUCCUGGAGUUUACCUGGAGUUUACCUGGAGAGAGUUCCGGGGGUUAACGCCCCCGCGGCCCGGUCUGUGACCAGGCCUCCUGGUGGAUCAGAGCCUGAUCAACCAGGCUGUCUUAUAGGAAUCUUAUGGGAUAACUUUUAUUUGCAUAACAAAGGUAUAUUUUUCCUAACAAGGUAUAUCAUUUUUAUUUUUCCAACUUGCUGUUUGCAGUCUAAGCCAUACAAAAAACUCAGAUAUGUAUAAACCAUUUAUAGUAAUAAAAUA